UUCAAUUCAUAGAUGGAAAGAAAUCAAGAAUACAAUUAUUAGAGGAAUCAGAAUACAUGUAAAAUUUUAACAAUUCUGCCAUUAUCACCUACUGUUACACUCAACUGGCAAUUUGGCAUCUAGCACUGUUACCCAUCUUUCUUUCAUACAAUCAAUGUUCUCAGAUUAUUGCAUGAUAAAAAAGAAUGUGUUUUUAACAUUUCUCGAAUAUAUAUAGCUCAGAUAAAAUGAAGGCAAUUGAGCAACUAGAAACUAUUCUUUAGCUCAUUUGCUUGAAUCUAAUGGCUUCUUCUUCUUCAUUAUCUCUCCAUCUUCUUUUACUCUUCGCCAUUCUUGCUAUACUAGCAACAUUAAUAGAGUCCAAGCCAACAUUUCAGCUUCCUGGAGCUUCUUUUUACAAGUCUUCAUUCAAACAAGCAAAGGCUCCAAAGCCAAAGAUUCCAUAUACUGCUCAUUACUUCCCUCAAGUGUUAGACCAUUUCACUUUUCAUCCAAAGAGCUCGAAAAUAUUCUACCAGAAGUACCUCAUCAACAGCCAUUACUGGCACAAAGGAGGUCCCAUCUUUGUGUACACUGGUAAUGAAGGUCAUAUUGAAUGGUUUGCAGCCAACACUGGCUUCUUGCUUGAUAUUGCUCCCAAGUUUAAGGCUCUCCUCGUUUUCAUCGAGCAUAGAUUUUAUGGGGAAUCAAUGCCAUUUGGAAAGGACUCAUACAAGUCAGCUGAGUCAUUAGGGUACUUGAAUUCACAGCAAGCUUUGGCUGAUUAUGCAGUUUUGAUAAGGAGUUUGAAGCACAAUCUGUCCUCUGAAUCAUCCCCAGUUGUGGUCUUUGGUGGUUCUUACGGAGGAAUGCUGGCCAGCUGGUUUAGACUGAAAUAUCCCCACAUAGCAAUUGGUGCUCUGGCCUCUUCAGCCCCAAUUUUGCAGUUUGAUACCAUUACUCCUUGGUCAAGCUUUCAUGAUGGUGUUUCCCAGGAUUUCAAGGAUGCAAGCAUGAAUUGCUAUGAAGUAAUAAAGGGAAGCUGGGCAGAACUGGAUGCACUGUCAGUUCAGAAAGAAGGCCUGGCUGAACUAAGUAAAAUUUUCAGAACUUGCAAGGACCUGCAUUCAGCAGAUUCUGCCCUCGAUUGGUUGUGGGAGGCUUUUGUUUACACAGCAAUGGUGAAUUAUCCUACCGAAGCCAAUUUCAUGAAGCCUUUGCCUGCUUAUCCUGUGCAGCAGAUGUGCAAAAUCAUUGAUGGAAUGCCACCGGAGACUACCAAGCUUCGCCGCGCGAUUGCAGGGGCAAGCUUAUAUUACAACUAUUCACAGACAGAAAAAUGUUUUGAGAUAGAACAUGGAGCUGAUGUUCAUGUCCUUAGUGGUUGGAACUGGCAGGCAUGUACAGAGAUGAUAAUGCCGAUGACUUGCUCCAAUAAGAGUAUGUUUCCUCCGUCAGGCUUCGAUUACAAAGAUGUUGAAGUAGAAUGCAAGAAAAAAUAUGGAGUUAUGCCUCGACCGCAUUGGAUCACCACUGAAUUUGUUGGCAAUAGGAUCGAGCUCGCAUUGAAGAGAUUCGGAAGCAACAUAAUAUUUUCCAAUGGGAUGCAAGAUCCAUGGAGUAGAGGAGGUGUGCUGAAGAAUAUAUCUUCUAGUAUCAUAGCUCUUGUCACUAAGAAAGGAGCUCACCAUGUCGAUUUUCGAUUCGAAACAAAAGAUGAUCCAGAUUGGCUUGUAGAGCUUAGAAGACAAGAAGUUGAUAUCAUUCAGAAGUGGAUACAUGAGUACUAUGCAGAUGUAAGACAAGGAUAGUCAGUCAAUGUUGCAAGAGCUCAGAUUUGUAAGAACUUGCAGAAGAAGUAAAUCAAUCUAUUGAAACUUGUUUAUCUUGCGAAGUCUCUUGUCAACUAUGUCACAAUCAUAA